AUGGAUCCCAGCGUUAUCAAGAAUGCGAUAAGUAUAAAUGAUCACCAUUUAAGCUUUGAGGAAUCUGAUUCGUUAUCAGUUGAUUCGAUAACUUCGGAUCAAAGUCAUCAGGAACUAGAAGAAAUGAUCAAUUUAUUUAAUCAGAAUAUCCAUUCUUCCAAAUUAGAUAGUCAUUCCAGUCAUUUGGUUGAGUGUUUCAAUGAAGCCUUAUUAGAAAAUUCAAAGAUUACUAUGUUACCUAAUUAUAAUAUACAACCUACUGGAGAUGAACAAGGGGAUUAUUUGGUUAUUGAUGUUGGUGGAUCAACUUUGAGAAUAGCAGUUAUUAGCAUUGACCCACCACCAAAGAAUGAGUCUUGUGACCGAUCCAAUAGAAUCCAUUGUAUAAUAGAGAAGAAAUGGGAAAUCGAUGAUUCAUUUAAAAUGAUUGAUUCAAAUUUUUUCAAAUGGAUAGGUUCUAAGAUCGAAGAAAUUCUUAAUAAUCAAAAAGUUAUUUCUUUAAAUUCAGUUAUUAAUACUGGGAUAACUUGGUCAUUCCCAUUAACCACCACUGCUCAUAAUAACGGAAGGAUUAAUUUUGUUGCUAAAGGUUACACUAUAUCACCAGAAAUUCAUAAUCAUGAUUUAAAAGAAAUUUUAGAAAGUUGUAUGAAUUUAAAUUUUAAUAUCCAAAUAGAUAUCAAAGUUAUUGUGAACGAUUCCUUGGCAGUUUAUGCAGCCGGGACUUUCAUUGAUAAAUAUACUAAAUUAGCAAUGGUAUUAGGUACUGGAUUUAAUAUGUGCUGUUCAUUACCAACAAAUAAAAUGCAUUUAUCUAAAAGAAUUGAUGAUGAAAAAGCAGUUUUAUUAAAUACUGAACUUUCGCUAUUUGGAAGCUCAUUACUUGAUGAUAUUUCUAAUAAAUAUGAUGAAAUUAUUGAUUCAAGAUUUAAAUAUAAUUUAUCAAAUUUGCAUUUUAAACCCCAUAUGACAGUCGAUCCAGUAUUAAAUACGCUAUUCCAACCCCUGGAAUUGAUGACUAGUGGCAGAUAUUUACCAGAAUUAACAAGGUUAAUGCUAAGCGAAUUAAUCGAAUUGAAGAAAAUUUUUAAGAAUCAAUCUGAUUUCAAUUUACUUUCUAAAGAAUAUAUUGGGUUCACUGGUGAAUUAAUGUGUUAUAUCUCAGAAACUAAUGAUUUUGAUUUGAUUAAGUUAAAAUUGGAAUCUACAUAUAAUUGGUCAAAUAUAUCUAAUGAUGAUAUUAUUCAAUUGAAAAAAUUAAUUGAUUGUGUUAUUAAAAGAGCUGCAUUUAUUGUGGCAGCAAGUAUUAUAGCAUUUAUUAAAUUAUUUAGCCAUCAUCAAGAGAUUUCAAAUGAUGAAAAUUCAAAAUUGAUCAAAAUUGGUUAUGUUGGUUCAGUAUUAUUAUAUUUCCAUUCUUAUCGUAACUUAAUCUUGGAAUUUGUUAAUGAAAAUGAAGCCGUUAAAAAUUUAAAUAUAAAAAUUGAUUUCAAAUGGGUUGAAAAUAGUUCUAUAGUCGGAGCUGCAAUUGGAGCUGCUUAUUACAAUAAAUAA